CCUUUGAAUGUGACUGAGUGGCGGCAGCAUUCUCAGACCCAACCCACGACCAGGUGUUCGUUGGAUGCACUAUUUACUGGUUCUCCCUAGCCCGGGACCUUCCCAACACAGUUUCAGCUGGACUUUCUGUCUGGUCUGCUUUGGGUUGAUAAAAUGAAACUGGUGUUCGAAUGACUUCACAAGCUCCAAAAGUUAAUUGUGGAAUAGGCGUCCAAGGAGAGGAUUUUAAGAAAAGGAGGAAAUCCCCAUUUGAUAUCGAGAUCCAUGAAACCCCCGGGAGGAGAGUCGAACGAUAUUUUUGGAAGUCCAGAAGAAGGUGUUCCUUCAAGCAAGCCUCAUAGGAUGGCAUCUAAUAUUUUUGGACCAACCGAAGAACCUAAAAACAUACCCAAGAGGACAAAUCCUCCAGGAGGCAAAGGAAGUGGAAUCUUUGAUGAAUCAACUCCUGUGCAAACUCGACAACGUCUGAAUCCACCCGGUGGAAAGACCAGUGACAUAUUUGGGUCCCCAGUCACUGCCACUGCACCUCUGGCACACCCAAACAAGCCCAAGGAUCAUGUCUUGCUGUGUGAAGGUGAAGACUGUAAGUCUGACUUGAAAGCUGCAACAAACUCCACACCCAGAGGAGAGCAGGGCGAGAAAGGAAGCUCAGCAGAAGCAGAGCCUGCAAAGAUACCGGAGCCCACACCUACAGUUGACAGUCAUGAGCCCAGACUGGGGCCGCGACCUCGCUCCCACAACAAAGUCCUGAACCCACCAGGAGGCAAAUCCAGCAUCUCCUUCUAUUGAGAGGCUCCUGCUCUGCUUGUAACUAGAUCAGACAGAUAGAGUAUUGGAUGUUAGUGUUUCCUUUAACCCGAUGAGUUGGGGUGGGAGAGGGUUUGUCAUGCGUGUGGGGUUGACUGCUCAUAGUCCUCGUUGUCACUGGAAGGGCUGCGCAGAGGACUGUGCCUUCUAGACUGCCAAGAUGCACCUGGUGGGGAUAAACUGGGAUGUUCUGGUCCCUCCUCUCUCAUUGCUGUCUGUGAAACAGAUUUGUAAGCUUGUGGGGAAGGCAGAAGAGAUGGGGCCCGUUAACAGAAGGAUCACCGGGUCUUUCUUGUCCUUGUAUUAACAGUCUGCUGUCUGUUGGGCAUCUAGGAAUGGUUUGGUUGAAGAAGAACCCAAACUACCCUCACUGUGGGAUGGAGGACACAGAAACAGAAACUCUGAAAGACAAAGUGGAGUCUACAUUAAGCCUUCCUUUCAGGAAAUGCCUAUCACCAAAUGCUUCCACCUCUGAGAUACCUCAGAACCCUGAUGUCUCCUCUCCCCAUUAUGUCACUCUAUAGUAGUGAAACAUGAUUGCUCUUUUUGGUAGCAGUCAACAAGAAUCAAGCCGUUAUUCUCAGUCCUGUCCUGUCCUGGGUGGAAUUUAUUUUAUAUACACCCAUCUUGUUAGUUGUCCCGUACCUGUACCUAAAACCAUGGCCAGGUCUGAGGUAGCAGCCUGGCUUGGUUCCUGACAUGCCAGACUUGCAUGUGAGUUGUUCCUUUUGCCUCAUCAGCCUUAAGCAUAGGCCUUAGUUCCAAAACUGUGAGGGGUUCUCCCUCUUCAUGGUUCUUCCUAUACAUAAGGUCUCUGGCCUCCUCAGAGCCAUGUAUGUCCAGGUACUGGGUGGAUUUCUGUCUUGCUUUGAUCCUGUAGUUGGGAGGAAAGCCUGCUGAAGGACAUUGGCUUCUUUACCAAUGUAUGGAAAGGUAUUUUUAGUGUCAACUUCUUAUAAAUACCCUUGCACUGCUUCAACACUUGGAAAAGUUUACUCCAUACACCAAAGCACAAGAGCUGCCCAGGCUGCCUUUAGGAAGCUGUAGACGUCUUGACCUUGCUCAUAAACAGUGCUCCUUAGGCCAGGAUACUAAGAGUUUUACAGUGAGGUCACAACUGUCGUUUGACAGCAGCUUUACAGUCGUGUCACUUCAUCUGUCAGUCAGAUGUCCUUGUUCAGCCUUUGAGGGGUUCUUUGUUUCCCCUCUGGUGCGCAUCUGUGAAUAGGGCUUCUAAGUUGUGCUACUUUUGUUUCUAGUGCCUACAGAGAGCUUCAUAGCAGGUGCCAGAAAUGCCUUCAGUACAUUUUGGGAAAGUGGCAGUCCUGCAGUCACACUCACUGACCUACCAGUGCCUGCAGAGCCCCUGCCGAGCUCUGCCUCCUACACAGUCUGUUGAGGGGUGUGACUAUGGCUUUGUCGACCAAAGAGUUUCCCUCUUCAGCUGCCCUGUGUCCUGAAGCCAAGUAACAUGUCUUACAUCUGUGUAAUUCUGUAACAACUCAAAUGGUUUGUGGUUCAGUCAUUAUGAGGAUGUCAUUUGGAAUUCAGAGCAUUUUUUUUCCAUUUAAGAAAAUGUCAUUAAAUGAUGUUUGCUUUAUUUAGCCCAGACACUGACUUCUUUAGCUUAUAAGGGAAUAAUGCAAUGAUAGAAAUAAACCUUUUAUAACUGCUCUCUUAAAUAGAAAAUGAUUUGUGAAUUCCAAAUUGUAUUGUCAAGAGGAAUCUACUAACAUCAUCACUAUGCUGAGCCUACUGUUAACCCAGUGAGUGAGAGAAAAGCUUCAAGCGCCACCUGCUGGCAGGGAUUGCUGGGAGGAUAUGGGAACCUGUGACAGUGACCUACAGCAGGGGCUGCCUUAUUUGUCUCUCCAUGUUUCUGCUGCAGCAGGGUUCAGAGUGUAAAUCUGUAAACGAGUGCCCAGCUGAAUCCAGUGGUAUAAAUUGUCACCUACAUUAAGCCUUAAGACUUUUAAGUGUAUUUGGUGCCAACAUUUUUCUAUCGCUGUGUCAGAGCAAGAAACCUGUUCUUACAUCAUAAUGCAAUUUUGAUAGGAACGUUUUGUUAUUUUUUUAUGAGGCAGAACUGGGUAUAAUGGUUGAAUUAAACUUAGUAAUCACAUACA